CCUACCACCUCACCCAAAGCUCCUGAGUGCAGCUCAUGGAACAGGAACUAUUUUUGAAUAAACCGAUGAAUGGGACUUUGCCCUGCGCUGGAUCCUGAGCCUGGCUCUGUGUGGAAGCGGGGCACAUAACGCAGACAGAAGGACAGUCUUUUCCUUCAGCGAGACCCGAGGUGGAAAAAGACGCAGCAAUGACAGAGCAGCAGUCGUGCGCAGCGGCAAAAUAGACCAACUAUUGUGGGGACGGAAGAUUGAUAACACAAGUGGGCGAGCAACGAGGGCGGCAGAUGUAAUUUCCAAACGUUGCAGCUGGUUUGGUGCCAGUGGUGUGCUGGAUGGGUUGUUGUUGCGUUCUCCUUUUCAUCAUUCACUGCUCCCAGCGUUUCCAGAUUACUUGGGGAUCUCGGACGGCUGUCUGUGAGGGAGUACUGCUGCAGAGACUAACGGGGAAUGCCAUGUGUUGUUGCGCGACAUAGAAGCUCUUUGUGGGCUGUUUUGCACCGGGGACAGGUGGUGCCGUGUGUCCGUAUGCGUGUGUUUGUGUGUGUGUGCGUGUGUGUGCGUUCAAACUAGCAGGAGGGGGGGUGGACACGGACACACAACCCCUGAGACAGUUGUCUUAGGGAUGUCAGGCCGGCGUUCGGGAUCAGUUUUUGCCAGAGACAGGUGCGACAGGGAGGAGUAGUUUACAAAGCCCUACACAGGACUAGAGACUCCCCUCUCCUCUGUUCACUCUCGGAUUUUUUUUUUUAUUUUUUUUGUUUCCAGUGGGACACACAAUUGACUCACACAGUCGUUGUUUCGGCGGCACGAUUACCACGCGGUAAUCAAAGACUACAGUUCUGUUGCUAUGGCGACCGUGGCCCCUCCCUCCUUCCUCCUGCUGUGUUGGCUCCUCCAAACGGCCAGCUCGGCUUUCCCUGAGGAACCGGGGCCCCUCAACUUCAUCCCAACUGAAGUGGUGAGAAGAUACCCGGUGUUUCUGGGCCGACCCCACAGAACAUGGCUGAGACAAGAGCCUCUACACAUCCAGAGGAUCCUGCAAGUCAAUCGAACUCUCUACAUUGGAGCCAGGGAUGACCUUUUCCGUGUGGAGUUGGACAUCGUUGCAGGAGACGAGAUGUUCUACAGUAAGAAAAGAACAUGGGAGUCGAACAAGAAUGACAUCAGGAUCUGCAGGAUGAAGGGCAAACAUGAGGAUGAAUGCCGUAACUUCAUGAAGGUGCUGCUCAGCAGACAAGGAGGCCUGUUUGUGUGUGGGACCAACGCCUUCAACCCGCUCUGUGCCAACUAUACUGGAGACACUCUGGAGAUGGUCGGAGACACAGUCAGUGGAAUGGCAAGAUGCCCCUAUGACCCCAAACACGCCAAUGUAGCUCUGUUUGCAGAGGGGAAUCUGUUUACAGCCACAGUGACAGACUUCCUGGCUAUUGAUGCGGUGAUCUAUCGUAGCCUUGGGGACAGUCCCGCUCUGCGCACCGUCAAGCACGACUCCAAGUGGUUCAGAGAGCCAUAUUUCGUCAGUGCUGUGGAGUGGGGACCUCACAUCUACUUCUUCUUCAGAGAGAUAGCCAUGGAGUUCAAUUACCUGGAGAAGGUGGUGGUGUCACGUGUGGCCCGGGUGUGUAAACGGGACCAGGGCGGGUCUCAGCGCGUCCUUGAGAAGCAGUGGACGUCGUUCCUGAAGGCCCGUCUUAACUGCUCCGUCCCCGGUGAUUCCCACUUCUACUUUAACCUGCUGCACUCCACCAGUCCCAUCAUCAGGAUGCACGGCAGGGACAUCAUCCUGGGGGUGUUCUCCACACCGGCUAACAGUAUCCCAGGUUCGGCGGUGUGUGCAUUUGACAUGGAGCAGCUGGCCGCGGUGUUUGACGGGAGGUUCAAGGAGCAGAAAUCACCCGAGUCUAUCUGGACGCCUGUCCCAGAUGAAGUCAUCCCGAAACCAAGACCCGGUGGCUGUGCUGUUCAAGGAUCCAAGUUUAAUUCAUCCAACUCUUUCCCCGAUGACAUGCUCAACUUCGUCAAGACCCAUCCGCUGAUGGAUGAAGCUGUCCCGUCACUUGGACAAAGACCCUGGAUAGUCAGAACCAUGGUUAGAUACCAGCUGAAUAAGAUUGUGGUGGAUACAGAAGCGGGGUCCUAUAGGAACCGAACCGUCCUCUUCCUCGGGUCGAGCAGAGGGACCAUCCUCAAGUUCCUUAUCAUGCCCAACCAGGACAACACCGUCACCAACAGCAACAUCUUCCUGGAGGAACUGGAAGGAUUCAACCCUGAUAAGUGUGCUGAAGACUCUCCUCAGGCCAGGCAGCUGUUGUCUCUGACUUUGGACAGGGCGAGCCACACUCUCCUCCUCGCCUUCCCCUCCUGUGUGGUCAGAGUACCCGUGGCACGAUGCCAGCUCUACUCCCGAUGCAUGAAGAACUGUAUCGCCUCCAGGGAUCCUUAUUGUGGCUGGACCAGAGGAAGCACCUGCUCCUUCCUCAGACCUGGGACCAGACUGCCGUUCGAGCAAGAUGUUGAACAGGGAAACGUGGCCCACUUGGGUGAUUGUGACGGAAUGCUGCUCCACGAGAGUUUCAUCGAGGAGCCUGACGGCCUAGUGUCUGUAAACCUACUGGUGGUAUCUGCUGUUUCAGCCUUUGCAACAGGAGCCAUCCUCUCUGGUCUCACCGUCUGCUGGAUCAUGAGUCACCGCCACCGCCACUCCCGCAACUCUGGAGCCAACGGCGCCCGCCGCAAAAGUGACAAAGAGCAGAGCAUGCUGGGUCAGGGCCGCAGCGGGUCAGUAAUGAGUGUAACAAGAACAAGCGGUGGUGAGAGGCGCCGUUCGCAGGCAGACAACCCCUUUGUGACACCCAACGGCUGGCCCAAAGGAGAGAUGGACCCAGGAUUGCUGCCUACCCCAGAGCAGACCCCGCUGCAGCAGAAACGGACCAUGCGUCUGCCGGACACUGACUGGGACCAGAGCCAGACCUUCCUCACGGCUGUGGGGACACCUUGCCCCAACAACUCUGUCAUCUACCUGAGCUCCAAGUUCCUGCAUGGAGGCGGAGGGGGUGGAGGGAUGGUCCGGAUAGAGGACCCAGGGGAGGUUGUGUUGCCCCUGCAUGCAGAGCGCCAGCGCUACCUGAUCCUAGCCACCCAGAGAGGGGAGCAUGGUGGCAGCCGUCCCAGCGGCACCAUGAGGAACUCAGCGGGAGAAUACUUCUACCCCGCCACACCACAGGACUCCCCCGACCGACGGAGGGUGGUUUCUGCUCCCACUCCUCACAUGGACUAUGGGGAGCCUCGCUGGAGUCAUGAGGCGCUCAACUACAACAGCAACAAUGGAGCGCCCUAUCACUCCCAGCGCCAGGGCCUCAUCAGGCCAGACAUGCAUGGGCCUCGAGGACUGGGAGAACUGGCUGACUUCAGUCAUCUUCUAGGGAAGAACAUGGGAGAGCGCACCCCCAGUGGCCAGUGAGGUGAAGUACGUGAGCCCUGACACCAAUCUCUCUCUGAACACCCAUUCCCUCCAACAGUAAACUGGAAUAAAUCAACCCCUCAGACUCACUGUCCCGGUCCAACCUUACCCUGUCUGUCCUCUCUCACUGUCAUUCAAUGUUCAAUGACGUCAUUCAGCUGACUGAAGAGAGAGACAGAGAGAAAAGAGACAAAGAGAGAGUUGAAAAAGAGGAGAACACUCUCCUCACAUCUUUGUUCCUCUGCUCUUAAUCUGAGGUGCACCCCUCUGGUCUGUUAGUGGUACGACCCACAGAGUGUGACUUUGACACCACAGGGCAAAUAGUAUGGUACAACGGAGGGGUGCAAUGGAAGGGAAAACUUCUAAAAAGUACAGUGUGGGGAUUAAAGAAAAUGACAAUUUUGCUUUGAGCGCCAAAUGUGAAAGGCCUCCCUCCACUAUUUUUUUCACCAUUUUGACACCAUGGAUCUUCUUUGAGUGUGAAAUUUUGAGUUUCUGCUUUUUUUUCUUUUUGCCAGCGGCAUCCAGCAGACAACAAUGUGCUUUACUUUGGAUUUCAGAUGAGACUAAAACUGUUGUAGCCGUGCCAGAGGGCAGAGACUCUCAAUGAAUCAUGCAGUGUGUGUGUGUGUGUGUGUGUGUGUGUGUGUGUGGUGUGUGUGUGUGUGUGUGUGUGUGUGUGUGUGUGUGUGUGUGUGUGUGUGUGUGUGACUGUGUGUGACUGUGUGUGACUGUGUGUGGCCACAACAACCCCAACCAGUGUCCUGUCUUAACUGUGAAGAAUAACUAUAUAAUGAAGUUUCUGUAAGGGGGAAGUUGAUGUUAACAUUAUUUUCCCUUUUUUAUAAACAAUCAGAGAGAUAAAUGGAUUUUAUUAUGUGUCUCUCUAUGUGUUUACCAAUCAGAGGUUUGGAUGGUUGACCAGUGGCUAGUGAAGGGUUGGGACUCCCAGUGUAAUAUUUGUGAUUUGCUGUACCUCAGAAGCAGCACUGGACAGAGCCAUGAUGAAGUGAAAGAGAGCAAUAAUAAUAAGGACACACAUAAGGAUGAAGAUAAAGCCAAUUUAAUUUGAUAUUUUUAUAUCACUGUUUUCUCAGCAAAGCAAACUAAAGCCUAAAGACGUCACAGAAAGAGCAGAGCGCUGGGAAAAAGGAACAAUAUCUCCCCUCCAUUCUUCUCUCCCUCGCUGCCUCUCAGUAUGCCUGGAUCUGUCUGACCUGACCUGAGGCCUCCCUGGGCUCCGCAGUCCAUUUGGAGGGGGGAAUGUGAGCUGUGGCUGUCUGGCUGUCUGACUGAGGCUGUAAGGCCCGGCCGCUUGGGACCUCCAUUCAGCCUCUUCUGCCCGACACUGAGCCUCUUUGUGCCCCAGAAGCAGGAGGAGACUGCAGCAACAAAUAGCCGUUAAGAGUCAGGGACCCAGCCCAGCACCGCAGCCUUGGAGAAUAUCAAUGAGGAGGACAGCAGCUCCAUCCGUCAUGUGAGAUGUACCAACCAGGCCCGGGCAUCUCUUAUGCUUCACCCACUUGCCAGGACAGGGAGGAGCUGAGGGCUGAAGCUGGGGCUGAGGCCAGGGUUGGGGCACUGCUAACUGUCACAAUGGUCAUCCCAUGUGGCUUUAUCCCUUUCUGUCUUUCAGUGUGUUUCCCAACAAAAGCGGGAUAAAGAAGAGAACAGAUGGGCAUGAGCUUACUUGGGUGUGGAGUUACUCUUUCACUCUGUUGUCUUUUGAUGUUUUCUGUUUUUGUCUGUUUGAGCCCGUUCUUGAUUCAGAUGUAGAUCCAGAGAUAGUUUUUAGUUCAUCUGGGUCACGGUGGUGUUUUUUUGUGUGUGUGUGUGUCUGUCUGUCAGCUUGUGUGCUUGAGUCUCUUAGGGCUUGUAUCCAUGAAUGUGUUACUCAUAUUGAGUGCAAAAAAAAAAAAAAAACACACCUUUGAUCAGUUUUAAACUUUCUCACCCUUCGUCUUUUUUUUCCCAACCUCAUUCUCUUCUCUAUUGAGCCAUUAAUGUUGUGCAGCAACCCUUUGCUUGACAUUCACAAAUCACUGCUAACAGUGUCAGAGCCCUGCGUGGGAGCAGUACAUGCUAAACAAUAUAUUUAAGCCAUUAUACAGUGCACAAAGACAUGCAGAUAGAAUGGAGAGUCUGGGCUGAGCUUAGUUGAAGGGAAUGUGGGGUCAGAUGUUAGACACUACCCACAUAAUAAAAUAUCACAAUGUAUAAAAACUAGGACUGGGUGUACAAAACAAGUGCCAAUAUGAUAUGGUGCCUUUCACUUUUUGAGAUAGUAAUUAAAAAUAUGAUGACAACAUAAAUAUUCUUCCACAAAACUCUAUUUUCCAUUUUAAGCAACUCUUCAGCUCUCAUCAGCUGCCGCGUCACCUGUGUCCAACAUGUUGUAAUGUAAUGUAAUCCUGAAAGAAAUCAACGCUACAUGCUUAGAAACAAACAAGAAAACGUCAAAGUUAGCGACGGAGCAUUUAGCAGCUAGAGAUCCAGGUAUUUUCCUCAGGAGUUGGUACAGACCAUAAAUGGAGCUAAAAGAAGAAUGAAUAUUGAAUUUACAUUCAUUCGAGGGGCACAAACACACCUCCAAAUUAAUGAUAUUGUUGUUCUGUAUCUGCUGGAUGUGUAAAAUAGGCAGCAGUAUGGUGCUAUAGCCUUAUAUGGUGAUCAUAUGUGAGUGUUAUCUUAAUCCUAAAUGUAUAUCCUA